GUCCAUUUUUUGGGUCCGGACCAAGUUUUGCUCACCCCUGGUAUCUUCACCGAUUCCCACCCCGUCUUUUCCAGUUCCCAUCAAAGCAGGACGUCCCCCAAACUGCGAAUUUGAGGAUCAACUUCUCCCAGAAAUCGAACUCCAAAAGUCUCUAUCUGUUUGAGCAAUGGAGCAGAGAUUAGCUAAUACAUGGCACAUGUCUGUAAAUGAGAAGAAAUUUAUAGAAACUGCAUUGCUUUCGGAUGUUAGAGCUGAUGGAAGGCGCCCAUUUGACUACCGCGAAUUAACAAUUAAGUUUGGUAGGGAAGACGGAUCAACUGAGGUACAGCUUGGCCAGACUCAUGUUAUGAGCUUUGUCACUGCUCAGCUAGUUCAACCUUAUAGAGACAGGGAAAAUGAAGGAUCACUUUCUAUUUAUACAGAGUUUUCACCUAUGGCUGAUCCGUCAUUUGAGGCUGGUCGUCCCGGGGAGUCAGCUAUAGAGUUGGGACGCAUAAUAGACCGUGGUCUGAGGGAGAGCAGGGCCGUUGAUACAGAAUCACUUUGUGUCCUUGCUGGCAAGUUAGUAUGGUCUGUCCGCGUUGAUCUUCACAUCAUUGAUAAUGGAGGAAAUCUUCUUGAUGCUGCAAAUGUUGCUGCUUUGGCAGCUCUUAUGACAUUUCGACGGCCUGAAUGUACACUUGGAGGAGUAGAUGGGCAGGAAGUAAUAGUACAUCCACCAGAGGUUCAGGAACCACGUGCGUUGAUAGUUCACCAUCUUCCUAUAGCGGUGACAUUUGCAUUUAUGACUGAAGAUAACAUUUUGGUGGUAGAUCCAACUUAUUAUGAAGAGGCUAUUAUGAAAGGAAGAUUUAUAGCUACAAUUAAUGCAAGUGAAGAUGUAUGUGCCAUUCAAAAGGCUGGAGAAGUUGGUAUCGCUCCAACUGUUGUUAUGCAGUGUCUGCAAAUUGCUGCUGUGAAGGCUGCUGAUAUUACAAGCAAGAUUGAAAGUGCUGUCAAAUUGUACAACACUGAGAGAGAAAAUCGAAGUGUGAAGCGUCUGUCUUCUGUGGCGCUAUUGAAUAUUAGUUCACCGAGUUCAACUAUGACCGAUUGCAAAAGCAAUUCAAUAUGUGAAAGAACAGUAGUAUUGCAGCAGAUGCGGAAGUCGCCAUCUCGAGAACGCCAUAUAAGUGAAAGCAAUUGUAUGGAAACUGAAGCACCGUCAUGUAGAGGGAAGGAAGAUGCUAGUAGGCUUAUGAAGGGUCCUUCAUGUUGGGAUCCAUUCUCCAAGGGUGUGGAUUCGAAACAUCUGAAAGCUUCUCUUGCGUCUUGUGGUAAAUCAAUGGCUAUCAAGGAGAAUGAAAAGAUUGUUGAAAGCAAGCUAUUAAACUUGGAGGUAAACUCCAGUGAGAUACUAAAGAAAAGGAACUCUUUGGCAUCAUCGGAUAAAGCUACCGACGUGUUACCAAAAUCUUGUGAGAUCAAAACCCUAAAGGAUGCUGUAAAACCCAAGUCAAUGAGGAGGAAGGUGAUAUCUGCUUCCAACACGAGGUAGUUGGCCUUAUUGGCAAGGAGUAGUAUUCAUCCAGGGUGCCUUUUCUUUUUCCUCUUCUAUUAAAAUGGAAAUUCUAUGUCGAUUAUGUGGAUAUGUAAUGGAUAUUAUACAUUUUUAGCGUGUUUUGUUCCAAUGCCGCUUCCUAA